UUUAGCUGAGCCACUCCACAAUGAGAAAGCCCUGUCAGUUCCCAGAAUAGAAGUCCCAUUUCGGUGCAGGACUUGAACGGGACUGUGGCUGUUUGUACAGCGCAGGAACCGGCGGUGAAGUGAAGUUUGCGUUUACUCAACGUGGACACGGUAUUUUCUUUCAUUGACGCCUCCAACAUCAAACACUGUUAAUAAUCGGCCCCCGCCUCCGUCGUCGCCCUGCUCCGCGUGCGCUCAGUCCAGUCUCACCUGUUGACGCCGACACAAGCACCGCGCCGUCACUUUCCUCCCGGGGAGGAAUUCACUCACACCAGGUGGACAUAAAACAACCCAGCGGAGAAAUAACGUGUGUGUGAGUUCACAGCAAACAGUCGCCCUCUAUUUAAUUUCACCCGGCUCUACCACUAUGUUACACACCGGAGGAGACACAACUGUUGCUGUUUAAGUUGGAGCACGUUUUCCAGAAAUGCCCCAACAUAACAUGGAGAGCAGCAGGAGCCCGUGGCAGCAAGGGCUGCGGCCGCCGUGGAUCACCAGAGUGGCUGGAGGUCAUAGCCCCGCCUCCUCUGGGGCGGAGUCGGACACAGAGAGUAGUAGCACAGAGAGUGAGAGGUCCUGCAUUAAAAAGCUGGAGGUGGGCUCACUGAGGGUCCUGUCAUCGCCCUCAAUGCUCCAACAGCGAAUCACAGAGAUCGACCAACAGAAGGAGGAGCUGAAGAUUGAGCUGCAGCUGGAGAUCGCCCUGCUGCAGGGAGAGCUGCAGACGGAGAAGGACCAGCUGCACAGACACACACAGAAGCUGCAGGCACUACAGCAGGAGGCCAGACAGAAGAAGCACAGGCACACCGACAGACAAAAGGAGCGAGAGAGGCUGGAGGAGGAACGACGCAGGGUGGAGGAACUGAAGGGGAGGUGUGAGGAGAAGGAGAAACUGAUCCCCAGUCAGCCAGAGAGCCAGAGAGAACAGCUGACUCUGCAGCUGCAGCAGGAGAAGGAGGUGAUGGAGGCGGCAGUUCGGGCCUUUGAGGACUGGGAGUUUCGUGUUCUGGAGCAAGAGAGCGGCAUCGAUGAGGAGGAUGAGAGCGCAGCGGACGAUGAGAAGGAGGGGGAGAGUGGAGAGGAGAUGAAGAAGGAGAUCUCACGUCAGCAGCAGGCGAUCAACACAGCGCAGGAUCGCGUCCAGCAGUUGGAGAGACAGCUGAAGGAGAUGGAGAGGGAGAAGGAGAGGGAGCUGAACGCCUUGAGGAAAGAGAAGAGAGACCUCGUCCACACAAGCCAAACAGUUCUCAAAGAGAAGAAGCCGCUCGCCAAUUGGUCGAACGUCACCGGCUCAGCUCCCUGCAUGAUGUCACUCUCCCCUCUGACGGUUCACAAGCCUCCUCAGGAACCAUGCAAAGAAUCUGCCAGUUUGCCCAGAAGAAGGAGCUCGCAUCGCAACAAUAAACUCACCGAUAGGCCGCUGUCAGCACAGGGGUUGGUGAGGACGCUUCCAGACAGCCUGAGCCCAGAGCCUUUCACUUCCCCCCACCCCUCCCAUAGGCUCAGCAAUGGGCACAGCAGCGUGCACAGACCUGGGACCAGCAACGGUGGCGGUUUCCUCGCCCCGUGCAACAGUGCAACGAGUUCUCGUGCUGCCAGCCCGUCUCUGUUGGAUCUCAUGGAGAUUGAGAAGAAACUGAGGGAAGCCAAGGCAGAGAGAGAGAGGCUGCUCAGAGAGAGGGAAGAGCGACGGCGUUUGUUGUUGGAGGAGAGACGGCAGAAAGAGCUAAACUCCCCCAAAACAGAACCACCGGAGCCAGAGACCCCACCAAGGCCAGAGCCAGAACCAAAGGAGCAACCAAAGGCCAGUUCUCUCCCAAACUCCCCAGAGGCCCUCCAGCCGUGCAGCCUGCCCCUUUUCCUGUCUCCGAACUUUGACCUCCGGGCCCACGUGGAGUCUCUGGGUCACGGAGUGACCAGCUGCACGGACCUGCGGCUGACGUCUCGGCGCUGCGCAGGCUUCCUGACGAAACGAGGGGGGAGGGUCAAGACCUGGAAGAAGAGAUGGUUCCUGUUUGACAUGGACCACAGACGACUCGCCUACUAUACAGACUGUGAUGAGAGGAAGCUGAAGGGGGUCAUAUACUUUCAGGCCAUAGAAGAAGUUUACCUCGACCAUCUACGAACAGCCACUUCUUCUCCCCGGCCCAGCCUGACGUUCUGCGUGAAGACGUACGACCGUCUCUUUUUUCUUGUGGCUACCAAUCCAGUAUCCAUGCGAAUUUGGAUGGAUGUCAUUGUCACAGCAACAGACGAGCACAGCCGAUAUUGACCUCUUGCAUACGUGACUGUGAGAUCCUCGAGUGAAGCUGCUGAGCGGACAAUGCAGUGAGUCGUCUGCCCUCGUCUGAGGGGCAGGUUGUGGCUGAGAUCCACCUCAGGAGCUGAUGCUGUACCUGGACUCAUGAAUCUGUGGAUGGAGGUGCAGUAGUUUGAGGUGCUCGAACACAGCGGAGGAAACUGUUACUUGAUGCUCGAGUGGCGGCAGAGGUUCACCACUGAGCUUCAACACACCAGCCUGCACGCUGGGAGUCUGUUACUGGGAGGUUUCACUCUUGGAGCCUGACCUCCCCCUGCUGGUCUGAGUCCAGGAUUACAGGAAGACUGUUGUACACUACACUACAACACACUACAACAGGGAGUGGACACAAUAAUAGCAACACCUGUGCAAUAUAAUGCAAUCCAGUAUAACCAUCUAGCAACAAAUACACCUUUUCAGACUGUCUUAAUUUGUGCUGUGUUUUUGUUGGAUUGCUUUAUAUUGUUUUCAUUGCUAUGUCCAUAUCAUGUAUCUUUGAUUUCAUAAGUUAAAUUUUCAUGAAUUAAGUUAUUUGGAAAUUUAUAUGGGUUUGAUAUGCAAAUAAAUGAAGGCAUACACUGUUAUGAAUGCACUAUUAAAUGUUU